UUGACUGUAUUAGCCCUCGUAUCAGAUGGUCAAACACAGUUACUUGCCCUUGGAUUGUUUGUGUUUGCGACAGAACCGCAGGUUAAGUUUGUCAAUAAUUCAGGUCCAUAAGUCCCUGUUAUCAUUGGCAAUGCUGUUGAAGAUGCCCCAGUAUCAACAAAGCCGGCGGGUAUCCGUGUUCCUAAGUAUGAAGGAUGAAAUCCAGACCCACAAAAUAAUGGAGGAUUUGUUCUCGUCACGGAAGGACUGCUUCAUUCCGCAAUACUCCAAGGCUGGCAUGAAGAUGGUACGACUGGACUCCACGGCCGAUUACAACAGUCUGCCCGAAACUAGGUGGAAAAUCAAACAGCCAGCCUUGGAUGACGUCAGAGAGGACGCCCUUGACACAGGAGGGCUUGACUUAAUCUUGAUGCCUGGACUCGGAUUUACCAAACGAGGCUUGCGAUUGGGCAGGGGAAAAGGUUACUAUGACAACUAUCUGAGACUUUGUCGUAAGAAAGGCAGCAAUCCGCUGACCAUCGCGCUUGCGUACUCAGUGCAGAUACUUGACGAUAUUCCGAUGUCUGAAUCUGAUGUGCCUGUGGAUCACGUGCUGUUCGCUGACAAAAGUGAGAUGAGGCAGUAAAUUGGAGUCAUAAACAAAACAGUCUGGAACUGUACAUCAUGCAAAGAUUGGGGAUUUGUAUACCUCAGGUUAGCCCCGACUAUGCACUGUAUCAUACCAAAGGAAGCAUUAACACACGUCAUGCUGAAUAAUGACUUUAUAUUCUGUCAGUGACAAUGCGCUAUUGGAGCUUGCAGUGGCCCAAAUUGGAUAGAGUUUCCAUAUAAACCUUACGCGAAUGCAGGUGCCUUGGUGUCUGCUAAUAUGGUGUUAUUCGCCGUCCUUAAGAAUAUUUCACUUAUACCACGGCGGUUAUGCCAUGGGUUACUGCAGAGUAAACCACCGACCUUUAGCGAGUGACUGACGAACUGUGACGCGCAGAUUUUCACCCAUAGAUCGGUCUCUAUUUGUGACCUGAAUGUAGAACUGCCAUUUCUAACAACAUUCAUGUAAGACUUGCUUGGUGUUUUACCCCGUACUCAAAAAUAUUUCACGUAUACGACGACGGCCAGCAUUAUGGUAGGAGGAAACCGAGCAGAAUCCGGACGAAACCCCAACCAUGCGCAGAAUGCUGACAGACCUUCCCACUUACGGCCGGAGAGGAAGCCGGAAUGAGGUGGAGUUGAACUGAAAGCGAUCGCAUUGGUGAGAGGCCCAUGUGUCAUUGCGCCGUGCUGGCGUGCUAACCCCUCGACCACGGAGGUUCCCUGGGGAGCCAGUGAUCUCUAGCGAGGGUUAUAUAAGACCAUCUGAAUUACAUAUACAUUAUGAUCGCUCCCGAAACCCGUGAUUAAGUGAUAAAUUUGCUUAGUGAAUGUAACGGUGUGACUGUUCACGUAAUUAAAACUACAUAUAUGUGUCGUGUGUAAUAUCAGGUAUCAGUAGAUUUGGAACAGCUUUGUACCUGAAAUGGCAGACUGCUUUCAAGGGAUAAAAAAACCCGGGUUACUGGACGCAGAAUUGUACAAGGAGCAAUAUGUGAGGCAGGUGGGAAUUACAUCAGUAAACGCCAUAAAUCGUCAUGCCCACGCUGACAGCUUUCUCACGCUGGAGUACUACGCACAAACUGGCAGUUUCUACAAGCGGGAACCCGUCCAGCUGAUUCCACAUACGUCCACACUUACCAAAGGUGAUUUAACUUAAAUGUGUAGGGAUAAACUCGUUCCUAUUGUUAAUUAAAAACAACAAUGCAUGACUAAAUAACGGCAAUAUACAUCGCAUUUGAAUGGAGUUUUGAAUGGGCUCCGUAUGAUUUUUACUUAGCCAUGAUCUGCACUCUACUUUUGGACGCGCUUAAUUAGCACGCUGCUAGGAGCUGUGGGCAAUGGCCUACUUGAUGAAGUGUUAAUGAAAGUUAUGUUCCGACACUCAAAACUCAGGAACUGAAUUCAAAUCCUUCACAUUUAACCGAGAAUGGGGUGUAUCAUUGGCGAUAGAAAUGGAUUCCUCUGGUUUGUUGUAUCGUCGCUCAACACUGGUUGAAAAUUCACUCUGGUCGACCGGAUAUAAGUACUUCCCCUAGAGUCAUGUUAUUUCUGAUGUCAUAAAUACGUGUCACCCGAACAAGGCCUUGUAAUGAUCAGGUCUUUUUCCCUUAUAUCGUG